AUGCCUCUGUGCGGAUCUUGUGCAGACAUCAAAUUAGACGACCUUCUUACCGCCACGGUGCGGCCUUUUAAAGCCACUUGGGCAGAAUUGACGGAUUCCAUCGCUAAAUGCGAGUUUUGCGCGCUAUUCCUGGCUGAGUGCAAGCUCGACAGUCAGGUUCACGGUUCAAAUGAAAGCCUCUACGUGGCAGGAAGUUGCAACAUGGUACAAGAAAAAUAUGGGCAAUAUUCUAUUCAAAAUAUCAUCAACCUACACCUCUACGCGGGAGUCCCGAAUGCUCUAGAUACAUCAGACCAUUCUAACUCGGUUCGGGUUGGCAAUGUACGAGACAUGAAGGAUCGCGGCUUGAGGCAAUUCGGUAGCCUUCCAGUGACAUGUGAUAGAGAUGCUCCAUCCCAGACGGCUGAUCGCAUUCAUAAUCGCCUUGUUCAUCCGGCCGAUGAUCCUGCCUGUGUGCGCCAGUGGCUUUCCACGUGCCUUUCUGAUCAUUCAGCAUGUGCCACUGGUUUCGGGCGACAAUAUUCGGAUGUACCGACCCGUCUUCUUGAUAUUGGCAAUAUUUCCGCAGGAAUCCCACCAUCCUUUGUUGAGACAAACGACACUAUAGUCGACUACAUCGCCUUGAGCCACAGAUGGGGAGGGGUUAAUAUAACCCGAACAACCUCUGGGAACCUACGAAAACACAAAGAGGCUAUCCCAACCGACACGUUGAAUAACACGUUUCGGGACGCAAUAGCCGUGACUGCAGCUCUCGGGUUUCGGUAUAUUUGCAUUGACUCGCUCUGUAUAAUCCAGGACUCACGCGAAGAUUGGGAACGAGAAGCUUCACGGAUGGCACAGGUCUAUCAGAACGCAAUCUUAACAAUAUCUGCUGCCUGUGAGACUUCGGGUGAUACCGGACUGUUUCAAACAAGGGAGACACCGACCAUGGUCAAUUUACCUCAAUAUGAUGCUUUCAACGGCUCGGGAAGUCUAGCAGUCUAUAUUAUCUCGAACCAAUCUUUCACAAGCCCCAUCGCCCUGGGUUCGUCCCGUUUCCGACAUCUAGGACCAUUUGAUACGGAGGUGUCCAGCGGACCUCUUAAUACCCGAGCUUGGACACUACAGGAACGGUAUCUUUCUCGGCGCAUUAUUCACUUUGGAUGCAAGCAGUUAUUUUGGGAAUGUCAAACCUCAACAGGUGAAGAAAGCUCGAUCCGUGAUCCCAUGCCCCUAGACAGAUUCGGCGCCACUGAGAAAGACCACACAAACGGCUUUCUGAAAUGUCUCUCCAGUCAACCCCUUGUCGAAGAGACUCCGGGUUACGGUGGUAGUACCCAUAGGUCCGCACCAACGUACGCAAUUUGGUAUAAACUUGUGUCCGACUAUGGCGGGCGAGAUUUAACCGUAGACACUGACAAACUUCCGGCGAUAUCGGGCAUAACCCGUGUGUUUGCCUACUAUUCGCAGGAUGAAUACCUGGCUGGCUUAUGGCGGCGAGAUAUACCCACUGGACUGCUUUGGCAUGCAAGUGAAUGGGGUAAACCAUUAAGACGACCCCGAGCGUACCGAGCUCCAUCGUGGUCUUGGGCCUCGCGUGAUGGUCCUGUUUUGAUUGAAGCGGAAUGGCGAGGUCAGGUUGAAAUUAGUGACGUAGUAGCCUUCACUCAAACGGCGGGGUUUGAUAUGUACGGGGAGGUCAAAAGUGGCUACUUGAAGCUAUCUGGCUACUUGGAGUGA